UCAGGAUAAUUAACUACUAGCUAGUAAAUACUGCAUCCUCUAAGAUUUAACAACACAGCAUACAUCUCAGAUCUGAUAAAACUACUGCCCUCUUAUCUAGUAAUCUAUGAAUGGGGGUUAAUAGUUUACUCAUGCUGACCAGAAUGUUCCAUUUGAUUAUUUUGGGAGAGGCAACAUUAUACAUGUUUUUAUGUAGAAUUUGUCUUAAAAUAGCAUGCUAAAUUAUCUUUCAAAAGCUUAUUUCUACUCAAUCUAUUUAGGUAUUAGAUAUAGUUAUAUAUUCAAAUGAAUGUAAAAAAUAAAAUGAUGGGUGCUAUGGUUUUUGGAAAAUCCCUCACAAUUUAAAAUUAUAAUGGACUGUCCAUGCAGUUACACCAUUGUAAAGUUUGAAUUCAAAGGAAUUGAGGUCAGCUUAAGCUUGCAAACACAAAGGAAAUUAUUGAUAUUGUAGCAAUUCUGGAGAUAUUUUGUUUAAAAUGUAAGGGUGCAUAUUUUUGAUUUCUCAAAGAAAACAUUUAAAGUCUUAUUAGUGUGGUAAAUAGAAAUGAGAAGUUUUAACUGAAGUGUGAAUGUGUAGACAAGAAGAUAAACAGCAGAAUCAUUCCCAGUCAAAGUUUCAGGUAAACAACUUUUACAUACAAUAAUUAUUGUUAUUUAUGCAGAAACUGUUUAGUUUUUUGACAGUAAAAAUAUGAAGUGGUAUUGUAUAAAAUUGUGUUUUAUAUUUGUUUUGUUUGUAACUUGACUAAAAAGAAAGCUGCAUAUACAAUGUACAUAUAAAGAAUGUAGGAAUAUAAAGAAUGUAGGAAGAUCUUCAUCAUUUCUUAAAUACAAUAUGUAAGAAAUUUUAAGUUUGAGAAAAAAAUUAUAGAAAUUAAUCAGUAAGUACAAUAUCAUUAUGUACAAUAUUACAUCAAUCAAACUAUAGAUAACCUGAGGUACCUAUUACUACAACUUUCAUGCUAUAAACAAUUUUCCUUGUGUGUCACAUGUGGAGCAGAUUAACAGUAACUGAUUUAUUAACACAAAGCAAUGAGGAGCAGCCUGGAGCAACACAUUUGAUCUUCAGUGGCUUUACAAAGGACCAAGUGAUGGCAGAACUGAAGCCAUAUGCCUCAAAAGAGAAAGGUACAGCAAAGCUCUUCAGAAUGCUAUUCAAUAUAGAAGAGAUUAAAGGCCUCUCAUUGUUUGGUAUGAGGAAAGGGAACAGAGAGUCUGACGCCAGACCUUCUUGUGCAGACAAGGCAAAACUUAAGUUCUUGGAAGAUUGUGCGCUCGAAAAGUUGCCGACAACCUAAAGGACUGAACUCAAACCGUCCAGGAAUAGCAAGAUAAACUGAAGAAAAUAAAUGGACUAAUGUUUUGCUAUUUUUUGAGACAAUAUAUAAUUUCUUAUGGAAACAUUAAAAAGGAUUAUUUUUAAAAUUUGUUUGUUUCCAAUUUAGGGUACAGGGUGACUUUCAAGCAGUUUCCAGCUAUUGCCACCCACAGGUGGAAAAUUUCUGAAAGGGUGAAAAUAGGUGGCAUUUAGUGGAAACUGAAUUUGCCACUAUCUGGUGGCAAAAUGGUGGAAAAGUGUCUAAAUACUCCACCAAUUUUCCACCCUUAUGGUGGCAAAAGGUGGAAAUAAGUGGCAUUUGGUGGAAAAUAAGUUUGCCACUCAAUGGUGGCAUAAUGGUGGAAAUUUGUCUAAAUACUCCACCAAUUUUCCACCAUUAUGGUGGCAAUAAGUGGAAACAAGUGGCAUCUAGUGGAAAAUGAGUUUGCCACCCUAAGGUGGCAUAAUGGUGGCAUUAUGGUGAAAGUUUGUCUAAAUACUCCACCAAUUUUCCACUCAUUGGUGGCAUUUAGUGUAAAAAAGGUGGAAUUAACUGGAAAAUUAUAUAACAUCAGUCCUGCUCAAAUUUUUCACCAUUUUCAUGAUUUGGGUGGCGUUUUGGUGGCAUUAUUUGUGGAAAAUUGUCUAAA